CUUUACUGAUUAGUUUUAAAUUAAAAUGUUGCAGUGCAUCGCUGGCGGUGUGUUCUUGUUAAUUUUUCUGUCUUCCUCGCCAGUUUGGGGACGCGUCAUUCAUAUACCUGAUCCAGUACUGUUGGACGAAUGGUUUUCGAAUUACCCUGGUGAAACAGAAGAGGAAACAGAGCCCUCAUAUUUGUUGUCUUCCCUGCACAUGCCAAAUACAAACGAAGUUACUGCACAUCAGUUAUCCAGAAGUCUUCUGCGACUGACGAAGGAUUUUCUCAGUUUCUCUCCUCGUUCUAAACUUCCGGACAAGAGGUCGCCCAGUAUUUGGGAAAAGCUGUCCUUUCUACAAACUUUAAGUUCGGAAGACGUGGACAGAUUGCUUAGUCAACAAGGAAUUUCAAUUCUGCCACUGAACAAUAUAACGUGUCAUCCCGCAACUCAAUAUUACAGAACCUUGGAUGGAUCCUGCAAUAAUCUCCAGCAUCCUUGUUGGGGUAAAGCAGAUGAACCAUAUCAACGGUGGCUGCCUCCCGCCUAUGCCGAUGGUAUAGAUGAGCCUAGACAACGAGCAGAUGGUCAUCCUUUACCCAACCCUCGAUUAGUGUAUCAAUGGGUCGCAAGCCAGUUCCAGCAAACUACGGAAACUGAAUAUCCGCACUACACGAAUCUGCUUAUGGCUUGGGGACAGAUGAUCGCUCAUGAUAUGACUCUGACACCGACAGUAAUGCUGAAGAUAUGGAAUGGCCAUGAAUUUAAAGAUGAACCGCUUGAUUGCUGCGAAAUACUAACGACCCAUCCAGAUUGCAUUCCAAUAGUGAUGAAUUAUCGUGAUGGGUUUUAUUCUCAAGGACACUGUAUGAACGUAGUUCGGUCAGUCGCUUAUACCUACAGCCCAAUUUCUUGUCAACCACUUCAACUGGGUCUACCUCGAGAACAAAUGAAUCAAUUGACUUCUUUCAUCGAUGCUUCGUUAGUUUAUGGUACCACAGAAGAAGAAAUGCGCAAAUUACGGGAAGACGGAGGACAAAGUGCGAAACUGAUAGCGGAUGUUUCAACGGGGUGGAGUUACAUGGCUCGAAAAAACAAAACUUGCAAGUCAGCCAAAAAUAUCUGCGAUAAAAGAUGCUUUCUAGCAGGUGAAAAAAGAGCUAAUGAGAAUCCAGUUCUCAGUGCACUGCAUACCUUAUGGGUGAGGGAGCAUAAUCGUUUGGUAGAUGUUUUACGAGUGCGCAGAUGGCCCGAAGAAACACUCUUCUACGUGGUUCGUAAAAUUGUUGGGGCCUUGUUGCAGCAUAUCACAUACAAUGAAUAUCUGCCCAUUGUUUUGGGAACAUCUCUUAUGGACUACACAAAACUUUCUGUUCCUACGCCACAAUACGAGUACAAUCCUUCCAUUAAUCCAACGCUUUACAAUGUAUUCAUCACAGCAGCGUUCAGAUAUGGUCAUAGUAUGAUUGGUGGACAACUAAAAAGGCAAGGCAAAUUUUUAGAUGAUGGUCAUACCCUUAGCAAUGACUACUUUUCAAUGGACGAUUUUUGUUCACCUCAAGAGGAUCCUGUUGCUGCUUUAUUAUCUGGACAAACUAACCAAAAAUGUCAGAAAGUGGACAACGUGUUCUCCAAGCAAGUAACGAACCACCUAUUCGCAAAACAGCCUAAUGGUGAAGGAUUGGAUUUAUUUUCUAUAAAUGUUCAAAGAGGUCGGGACCAUGGCUUGCCACCGUACAACAAAUGGCGCGAAACCUGCGGUCUUCCUAAGGCUAAUGAUUACUGGGAUUUGAGAAGCACUAUGCCUGGCUAUGUGAUCGAAAGACUUCAGACAGUAUACGGCGCCGGUGGCGUGGAUGAAGUGGAUCUAUUUGUUGCUGGAGUUUCAGAGUUUUCAGUCAAUGGUGGUAUUUUAGGACCAACAUUCACCUGCAUCGUUGCCAAUCAAUUCAAAAAUCUCAAGUUUGGGGACAGAUUUUGGUAUGAAAAUACCAAUCAUCCAGGAGCAUUCACGCAUGAUCAAAUCAAAGCUAUUCAGAAAAACACUUUUUCCUCUCUUUUGUGCCGGAAUUCAGAUAUAAAAGAAAUUCAGCAAAUGGCAUUUAUUACAGAAAGCGCACAUAAUCCGAAGUUACCUUGCAGUACCAUUCUUCAAGGCACAGAUCUAGACAUCAAUCUUUGGCCAUAAACUGCAAAACAUUUUUGUUACGUUAAUAAAUUUUGUUAACAUUUAAAA